CGGAAGUGUUUCGAGCUCGUGCCACGUCAGAGAAAAAAAAACAGUGGCGCUGGGUGAGUCUCCCCGGUCCUGAGAGCUCUCUAUCCCCGGCUCUGUGCUUUCUAGCCCGGCUCUUUGUACUCGGUGUCCCCGGCUCUGUGCUUUCUAGCCCCGGCUCUUUGUACUCUGUUUAUCUCUGUCCCCGGCUCUGUGUGUUCUGUCCCCGGCUCUGAGUCCUCUCUUUCCCCGGCUCUGAGUGCUCCCCGCCCCCGGUUCGGUGCGUUCUGUCCGCGGCUCUGAGCGCUCUCUUUCCCCAGUUCUGUGUGUCCUGUCCCCGGUGCUCUGUGCUCUCUGUCCCCGGUGUUCUGUUCUCUCUGUCCCCGGUGCUCUGUGCUCUCUGUCCCCGGUGCUCUGCGCUCUUCUCUCCCCGCUGCUGUGCGCUCUCUGCCCGGUGCUGUCACCAUGCUGACCCUGGGUCUGAGCUGUGUUCUGCUCCAUGUGUUCGUGGUGUUCGCCACCGAGCUGACGUUUGAGCUGCCUGACAACGACAAGCAGUGUUUCUACGAAGAGCUGGAGAAAGACGUGAAGUUUGACAUAGACUUCCAGGUCAUUGCAGGGGGCAACUAUGAUGUGGACUGCUUCGUCACCGACCCUCAGAACAACGUGUUGUACAAUGAAAAGAAGAAGCAGUACGACAGCUUCUCUCACACCACAGCCAUGAAGGGAGUCUACAAGGUCUGCUUCAGCAAUGAGUUCUCCUCUUUUACCUACAAGACGGUGUACGUGGAUUUCCGCCACGGAGACGAGGAGCCUCUCAUGCCGAACAUGAACAGAAACUCAGCGCUGACCCAGAUGGAGUCGUCUUGCGUCUCCAUCCAUGAGGUCCUCAAGGUGGUGGCUGACUCGCAGACGUGGUACAGGCUGAGAGAGGCGCACGACCGCACGAGAGCAGAGCACCUGCUGGAGCGAGUGACCUACUGGUCCAUCGGAGAAACCGUCCUGCUGUUCAUCAUCGGCAUUGGUCAAGUCCUGUUGCUGAGGAGCUUCUUCGAUGAGAAGAAAGGCUCUGUCGCCGCCGCCACUUAGAAUCUGUCGUCUUGUAAACUCUGCAGUGUGAAUAUAGAAGUGCAUCUGGGAAUUUGCGUACAUCUUCUUGUAGUUUCAGCAAACCCUUUGUUAAAGGGAUAGUUCAAGAAGUUUACCUGUUUCUGACUGUUUACCCAGUGAAAUCGUGAAUUGUGCCUUCCUCAUGUCCAUGUUGUUUAGUUCUGAAAUGGUUGUGUUAAAAAGAAACACCACUUUCAAACACUUGUGUUUGAGUCUGACAUCCUUCAACCUUGCACAGAUGUUCUUACUAUAUUUUACAGGAGUAGUGUGUUUUGAUUUAGAGGAAAAGUUAGUAACCAGGAUUUCCAUUCUAUCAUCCCAUCAAUUAGAAAGCGGUGGAACAUUGUUAGAGACCAAAGAAUUGUUGUUUGUUUUGGAAUGUUAGUUUUUUUUUUGUUUUAUUGUCUGUAUUUGGUCUGUUAUUAAUUUAUCUGUAUAGAAUUGUUGCUGUUGUUACAUUGUAGGAGCUCCAUCUCCCUCACAUCCUGGUCUGUCUCUGACAAAGUGCCUUAAGAAGUCAUAUGCGCUUGUUUCUUUUCCUACUUGAAAGUUUACUGCUUUAAUUUGUCUGUUAGCGUAUGUGCCACCCUCUAGUUACUGAUUGAAUUGGUUUCAUAAUUUUUAAGUGAUACUAUUACAGAUAAUUUUUUCCACCACCAAAAAUAUAAAGUUUUCAGUCCCCAUUUGUGUAUUGUCUGAUUGUUGUAUUUAGAACAUGUCAAAACAGUUCAAUAAAAUUGUAUGGGAAGUUA